GCGCGCUGAUAGUUGAUUUUAUUAUUUAUUUAUUUAAUUACUGUGCAAAAUUAUAAAUUAAAUCUAAUAAUAAAUAUAUUAUAUAAAUAAUUAAGUAUAAUUAUCAGUGUGUAUUAAAGUGCAGUGAUUGUGAGAUUGAUUGAUAAACAUAAAGGUAGGCAAUGGAUAAUUAAAGCUCAAUUGUACUUUUGUAUAUUUCAGCUCUGCAAUAAGCCAAAAGUUUGGAACAAAUAGUUUCACAUCUGUCAAAUAGAUUUUGAGGAAGGGGCCAUUUUGGCGACAUACAUUAUCCAAAACAGACCACAAUUAAUUCAAUAGCAUACUGAGUGCCCAAAUAUCUCAAAAUGUCAGGAGCUGCUGAUGAUCCGACAAUUAAAAUUGAACCACCAGAAUUUCCAAUGGAAGAAUCAUCAACCAAUCAUUUAGAAGAUGAUGAAACGUGUCUACAGAGGUUCAUGAACUCCAUAGUAAAGAUAGAAGAUGUCCAAUGGGAAUCAAUUCAAGGUCCUCCCUAUAAAUGUGACAAGUGUGAUAGAACAUUUAGAAAGUUGCAGUAUUUACAACAGCAUAUGGUAAAUCAUGAGGGUAAGGGUAAGACUUCUGCAGAUGCAAGAGUAGAUGAAAAAUCUUUUGCAUGUAAAAGAUGCAAUGAAAGUUUUAAAUCAAAAUAUUUUUUAAAACAACAUGCUUGUGCCAGACCUUCAAAUUGUACUGAUAAAGAAGAACUAAAAGCUAGAAAGAGAACUUGUCAAGUAUGCAAUAAGAAAUUCAAGCAAUCGAGUGAUAUGAAGAAACACAUGUUCAUUCACAGUGAUGAGUACCCCCACAGUUGUGAAAUAUGUCAUAAGGCAUUCAGACAAGUGAGUGCUUUGUAUUCACAUAUGUCUGUUCACAGUGAUGAAUGUCCUUACGAAUGUAAAAUAUGUCCAAAGGCAUUCAAAAAACCAAGUUACUUAAAAAGACAUAUGUACCAUCACACCGGGGAACGUCCACACAAAUGUGAACUAUGUGAUAAGGGAUUCCUAGAUUCAACAGCCUUCAAAGGCCAUAUGCUCAUGCACACGAAUGAACGGCCUCACAAAUGUAUAAUAUGUGAUAAAACAUUCAGACUACCAAAGGAUCUGAAAAAACAUAUGAAAAUCCACAUAGGCAGAGAACACCAUGAAUGUAAAUCAUGUGAUAAGACCUACACAAAUUUGUGUCAUUUGAGAGAACAUGAGCGUAUCCAUAGUGGGGAACGCCCCCACAAAUGUACAAUAUGUGAUGUCACAUUCAUCUACUUGAAUAGCUACAAGAGACAUAUGCUCCUUCACAAGGAACGCCAGUACCAAUGUAAAAUAUGUGAUAAGUCAUACACAAAUUCGAAUUUGUUGAAAGAACAUGGUCGUGCUCACACUGGGGAACGCCCCUACAAAUGUGAAAUAUGUGAUAAGACAUAUUUAAAAUCGAGUCAUAUGAAUUAUCAUAUGCUCGUUCACACUGGGGAACGUCCACACAAAUGUGAAAUAUGCCAGAAAACGUUCAUUCUGCGAGGCACACUGAAAAGGCACCUGCUUAUUCACACCAGAGAGUGA